GGUGCUGCCGCUCGCGUCGUCCGCCGGUUCCGGGCGUCCUGCUCCCCGCCCGGGGAAUGCCACCCUGCCUCCUCUUCUGUGCUUCGUGAGAUGCUGGGUGUCUUUGUGAAAGUCAGAGGGUUGGUAAAAUUUCAGCCUUCCCUUUGGCCUUGGGACUCAGUGAGGAACAAUUUGAGAAGUGCCCUGACAGAGAUGUGCGUUCUCUAUGAUGUUCUCAGUAUCGUUAGGGAUAAAAAAUUUAUGACUCUUGAUCCCGUUUCUCAAGAUGGACUUCCUCCAAAACAGAAUCCUCAGACGUUACAGUUGAUAUCUAAAAAGAAGUCACUUGCUGGAGCAGCACAAAUCCUAUUGAAGGGCGCAGAAAGACUGACUAAAUCAGUUACCGAAAAUCAAGAAAAUAAGCUACAAAGAGACUUCAACUCUGAGCUGCUGAGAUUAAGACAACACUGGAAACUUAGAAAAGUUGGAGAUAAAAUUCUUGGAGAUCUCAGCUAUAGAAGUGCAGGAUCUCUCUUUCCCCAUCAUGGUACAUUUGAGGUAAUAAAGAAUACAGAUAUUGAUCUAGAUAAGAAGAUACCUGAAGAUUACUGUCCCCUGGAUGUUCAAAUUCCAAGUGAUUUAGAGGGAUCUGCAUAUAUUAAGGUUUCCAUUCAAAAACAGGCUCCAGACAUAGGUGAUCUGGGCACGGUUAACCUCUUCAAACGGCCUUUGCCCAAAUCCAAACCAGGUUCCCCACAUUGGCAGACGAAAUUAGAAGCAGCACAAAAUGUUCUCUUGUGUAAAGAAAUUUUUGCACAGCUCUCUCGGGAAGCUGUUCAAAUUAAAUCACAGAUCCCUCACAUUGUGGUGAAAAACCAGAUCAUCUCUCAGCCCUUUCCAAGCUUGCAGUUAUCAAUUUCUUUGUGCCAUUCCUCAAAUGACAAGAAAUCCCAAAAAUUUGCUACAGAGAAGCAAAGUCCGGAGGACCACCUUUAUGUCCUAGAGCAUAAUUUGCAUCUACUGAUUAGAGAGUUUCAUAAACAGACCUUGAGUUCCGUCAUGAUGCCUCAUCCAGCAAGUGCACCUUUCGGCCACAAGAGAAUGAGACUUUCCGGUCCUCAAGCUUUUGAUAAAAAUGAAAUCAGUUCUCUACAGUCCAGUGAAGGGCUUCUGGAAAAAAUAAUUAAACAAGCAAAGCAUAUUUUUCUGAGGAGUAGGACUGCUGCUGCAACCAUCAGCUUAGCAAGUCGCAUUGAGGACCCUCAGAUACAGGCUCACUGGUCAAAUAUUAAUGAUGUUUAUGAAUCUAGUGUGAAAGUCUUAAUCACGUCACAAGGUUAUGAACAAAUAUGCAAGUCCAUUCAGCUGCAGUUGAACAUUGGAGUUGAGCAGAUCCGCGUGGUACACAGAGAUGGAAGAGUAAUCACGCUGUCGCACCAGGAGCAGGAGCUGCAGGACUUCCUUCUGUCUCAGAUGUCGCAGCAUCAGGUGCAUGCAGUUCAGCAGCUAGCCAAGGUCAUGGGCUGGCAAGUUCUGAGUUUCAGUAAUCACGUGGGGCUUGGGCCCAUAGAGAGCAUUGGCAAUGCCUCCGCUAUAACAGUGGCCUCCCCAAGUGGUGACUAUGCUAUUUCAGUGCGCAAUGGCCCUGAAAGUGGCAGCAAGAUUAUGGUUCAGUUUCCACGUAACCAGUGUAAAGACCUCCCAAAAAGUGAUGUUCUACAAGAUAGCAAAUGGAAUCAUCUGCGUGGCCCAUUCAAAGAAGUUCAGUGGAAUAAAAUGGAAGGUCGAAACUUUGUGUAUAAAAUGGAGCUGCUUAUGUCUGCUCUGAGCCCUUGUCUACUAUGAUUUUCUUCCAGAAGUUUCCAGAAUUUUUUUCCAGGGAAGUUUCCAGAAACUUUGACAUGAGGUAUUUGCAGAUCAAAUACAAGCAAAAGGAAGAGAAAUCUUCCAAAGAAGCAGUUUUUUUAAAAUGGUAAUUGGCAAACGUUUACUUAGCAUUUUGGAACCUUCACUUUAUAAGUGACAAAUGCUUUGUGGAAAUUUAUGUACAGUUAGUUAUAGGGUAUACAGUAUGGGGAAAUGUAAAAUAAUACUAUUUUUAUGCAGUUAACUUGAAAUGUUACUAACUUAUGGGUUUGAAUUUGCUUUUUAAAACAUUCAUUUGAUGUUGACACCAAAUAAAACAUAUGGUUAAAAAUUCCAGAUACUUUCUGAAUUUUAACAGCCUAAA